AUGGAUGGCAGCAUUAACAGCCCCGCAGAGGGACCAGGUGAAGAUGGAGCCGCGCACGAACGUUUUGCGCUCGUCAGAGCCGGAGUUCUGGGGUUGGUUUUCGUCCUCGCAACGUGCAGCAACUUCUUCUUCUUGGCCGCCCUUUUUAAAAGGAGAAAGAGAAAUACAAGGACCCAGCUGUUUCUUCUACACCUGUGCUUGGCGGACCUGGUGGUGGCGUUUUUCCAAGUUCUACCGCAGUUCUCCAUUGAAAUUACGCACAGGUUCCGGGGGACAGACUUCCUGUGCCGCUCCAUAAAAUACUUGCAGGUGGUUGGAAUGUUUGCCUCCGCGUACAUGAUAGUGGCUAUGACUAUAGACCGCUACCAUGCAGUCUGCAUGCCCAUGGUUUCCUUCUUAGAGGGCUCGUUUAGGAGGUAUAUCUCCAUUGGCGCAGCGUGGCUCAUCUCUCUCGCCUUCAGCUCUCCGCAGCUCUUCAUCUUCUCUCUGCAGGAGGUCGAGGCGAACCAGUUCGACUGCUGGGCGACAUUUAUUGAACCGUGGGGGAGCCGUAUCUACAUCAGCUGGAUCACGCUGGCGGUGUUUGCAUUGCCAGCCGUCAUUUUGCUGUACUGCCAAAUGAGAAUAUGCACAACGAUAUACUUCAACAUGAAGAGAAAGGCUUUGCAGUCAGGGCGCGCGGGCACGAAAGGGGUAUCCAACGCAAUGCUCAAGACCGUGAAAAUGACUUUUGUAAUUAUAAUGGCGUAUACACUGUGUUGGAGCCCAUUCUUUGUGGUCCAUUUAUGGUCUGCGUGGAGUCCAAGCAGCGCGCCCACGGAAGGUCCAGUCUUUUCCAUUAUCAUGCUGUUGGCCAGCCUCAACAGCUGUACUAACCCUUGGAUAUAUCUCUACUAUAGCUAA